UGGCUCUCGCCGUAGCCCUGUGCCUCAUCCUCGUGCUUCAUCUCGUCGCUAGCACCUUUGUUGCAAAAAUGGAUCCGCCGAACAUGGCAGACCAUUUUGUUGUUAGUCCGUCGCAUGCAAGCAUCACAGACAGUGCAGUGACCUCAGAUUUAUCAUCCCCCAUAUCCACCAUUCCUUCUGAAAUUCUGCUCAAGAUCUUCUUCCUACUUGGUGAAAAGAGCAAAGAGGACAUCGUGUCUCUAGAUGGCAUCGUCGCUGCCUCCCACGUGUGUCGAUUGUGGAGGGAAGUUGUGCUCAGUUCAGGCGCACUAUGGGGUGCAAACAUCAAUUGGGACGUCGAGUACCCCUUGACGUGGUGGCAGGAAAUUCUCAAGCGCACGGGAGACGCGGAUAUCGACUUCGCAUGCACUACGAGCAGAAGGUACCCUAUGUACGCCUCCAGCCAACAAGGUCGCCGUGUUCCGAACCUCAAGGAUGUAGCUCCCAAACGCAUAAGAUCUAUCCAGCUGUCUAUCCACAGCUACCCGCACUGGUAUGCGCGCGCUAAAACAAUGAUGAACCAAGAAUUAUCUGGCCCCUUCCCAUUCCUCCGAACCCUAUCUCUGACGGUCCAGAGCGGCUCCUACAUCGCAGACAGCACUGCUCGCCUCGACGGUUUCUCCUUUCUGGAGACACACCCUAAAUGGUUGCGCGUUCUCCGACUCAAGGUGUUCAGCUUGGAUUUCAACCACCUUCCUACCUUCCAUAACCUCCGCGAACUGUCCGUCAUCGACAUCAAACACCAACCUCCCACUCUUGGGCAUUGGCUCAACCUCCUCCGCGUGAUGCCUCACCUCGUCGAUCUCACUAUCAAGGGUUCCAUCAGCCCCAGCGCGCCGGCCACCGACGUUGGACAACGCGUAUCACUCCACAAUCUCAACGUCCUCAGUCUCGCGGGGAAAGUGGGAGGGCACGACGGGAUCGACGCUCUCCUUUCCUACAUCGACACACCGCAAGGAUGCAACCUCUACUUCGCGGGUCGCUUAGAGAAGAUGACCGCAACUUUCAACGACGCCGGCGUCGUGGCCUGGUUCGGACGCUGGAAGGACGAAGAUUACAAGGGCCGCACGUUCCACGCUUGCCUUGACAUGCGGCGCCUCAUCAUGCACAACCAGUCUGGGCCGGAACCGCGGCCUGGGCUGUGGUUUCGCAUCUCUUUGGAGAAUCACCUCAACACGUCUCCUAAUGAUUCACGUUCCAUUCGGCUCAUUCGCCCGGCCGCGGCGUCGCUCGUGUCUGCGCUGACUCCAGCGAUCUCACGGACGGAGCGUCUGACCCUCUGGCCCCCAACAAGUUCCUACCCGGACGUCGCUUACCCGUAUCAGGACUUCCUUCCUCUUUUCAGGUCCCUUCAGACGCUCCACAUCACGGCGAAGGGCAUAGCACAUCGCCCGCAUUCGCCUAGGUAUCUCUCCGAGGUUUUGGGACCUUUCAUGGUUCAAAAUGCCAUACGCUGGUCCGGAUUACGACGCGCGCUACCUGAUCUACAAGAAAUGACGGUCACCCAGGACGGGAACAUUGUCGAGCGUGUUUCUUGCCCCUCUGUCAUUCAUGCAUAAA